AAAGAUAUUAAUGCAUCCUGUUUGAAUUGGGUGUUCAGCUUCAGAAUCAGUGUUAAGGACAUACGGAUUACCAAUGAGGUGCCACUGUAUUGAUGAUAUAGGGAUGAGAAAUUCAUGCAGAUGAUCAAUUUUACAUUGGAUUAGACCCAUGAGCUGCAUGAAGGCUGUGUUUGAGAGAAGAAAAUGAAGAAGUACUAUUCUAGACCUCCUUGUGUAAAGGCAAAGAAAUUAGCAGAGGCUUACUCCGGCGGAGAAUUGGUGACGCCUUUUCGUCUGUUUUUGGUGCUGAUAGUUUCCUGUUUGAUGAUUGCUGGGAUUUCUGUUAGUGUUGGCAAGUCUAAAGUACUGGAGAAUAUCAAUAAAAGGGGAGUAACUCUAGUGGACUUUCCUUAUCAGUUUGACUUUAAUGUAGCUUUAAAGUCAAGGGAGGAAAAUCUGGAGCUAUACAAGAGACCCCAACAUUUUUGGUCUGUUGACAAAAGGUCAGCUCUAACAUUGGAAGAAUUCUGGGAUAUUUAUGAUGGAAAGUGGCCAGUUGUCCUAACUGAUGUUGUACAACACUGGCCAGCUUUCAAUUGGACAAAAGAGUUCUUCAUUCAAAGAUAUGGAAAACAAAGGGUGACAUUUAGAGCUAUAGUUGAUGGCAUCCAGCAUGUGACUGGCUAUGUGCGACCUUUGGAACAUUUUAUUAGCACUCUCCACCAAUCAAACAUCAACACCUGGAACUACAUGGAAGAUGAAAUGUUUAUACUGCAGAGACCAGAGCUUAGAAAAGACAUUGGGGAUCAUAUUUAUGCAUCUGAAAACUUUUUCUCCUUCUUCCCAUUUGAAAUUCGCCCCUGGGAUGCAGCUUUUCUGUGGGGAGCCAAGCAUUCUCGAUCUACCCUGCACAUGGACCCCUACAACUGGACUGCUAUCAGUUCUGUCCUCAGUGGGGUGAAAAAGUGGAAGCUUUUCCUACCGGGUCAGGAUCAUCUAUUGUAUGUUCAAAAAAGUUCUUGUGGAUUUCCACUAGAGUGUGUAAAGUACAAUAGUCCCGUGGAUGCCUUUGAUCCAGACUUGCGGCAUUAUCCAAAGUUUGGCAGGGCACAGUAUCUCGAGACAGAGCUGCACCCUGGAGAAAUGCUCAUCAUUCCAACAGGCUGGUUCCAUCAGGCAUAUAAUGUCGAUGAGACCAUGGCAAUAUCCAGUCAGAUGAUGAACAGAAAUAAUUAUCUCGUAAUUCUAGAGGAGAUCAUCAAGGGAGGGAAUGCGAAAAGAAAGAAAUUGCCAGCUCAUUUUGACACUUUAUUACCUCCAGAUCAGGUGAAGCUAUUCCUGUCCUGCAUUUCCAAGAAGAUAUUGAAAAAAGGAAGAGAGCUCACAGAGAUGGUGUUUCGAAUGGUGUCUGAAUCUUAGGGCUUUUAGACUGUAGAAUUCUGAAAUAUUUGCACAUAAAAUUAUAAGGAAAUGUAAACCAUUGUGUAUUUUGGGAUAUUGAAAUUUUAAUCCAACAAUACAGAAAAUCAAUUCAUUAAAAAAAACUUGUUUAUAUCUUGUUGGAAAAAGGCUGGUUUUUUUCCCCUCAAAAUCUUGUAGAAUCUUUCUUUUUAUUCUGCAUAUUAUGAUAACUAGUAUUUUCAACUUUUCUAGAUAGUGAUGUUCUGGUCCAUUAUGAACCUGUUAUUGAUUGUGUUUAUGUGCUGCAGAUGUGUGUGUAUUACAAAUAUGCAAUAAUAAAUUCACCACAGAGAA